AUGUCAUUAUAGCCUCAUAUUGUUAUGGGAGAGCACAUACUUGCUUCCUACGUAGACUCUGCAUACCUACCUACCUAAGGUAAUCUUAUCAAUCUAAUCAGACCCAGAUCCAGAUCUCCAAGGAAGUGAAGGGAUCUCACAUCGCCGGACCCCUUUCAAAUUAUUCAGAUUACUAGAGCUGCCACGAUGAACGGGAGUUCGAACCUCGAUGUGAUGCUGGCGGGAGGCGCCGCAGCUUUCGUCGUAGACUUGAUUAUCUAUCCGUUAGAUACCCUGAAAACCCGCCAGCAAAGUCAAGACUUCAUCAAGACUUUUGCCGACCCGUCUACUAAGACCAAAUUGCCCUCGAGGCAGCUCUUCAGGGGCCUUUAUCAGGGUAUAGGCAUAGUUAUAGUCGCCACUCUGCCCGCUGCGGGAACCUUCUUUACCACCUACGAAGCUACCAAGUCGUUUGUGGACCGUCACGGGUCGCCCUUGGGUCUCCCGCAACCUCUGGUGCACUCAAGCGCAUCUGCCGUCGCCGAGUGCGCAUCGUGUUUGGUCCUCACUCCCUGCGAGGUCAUCAAACAGAACGCUCAAGUAUUGCCGCGGAAACCGGGCAGCUCGCAUAAAUCCGCUUCCCUUCAAGCUCUAAAGCAAUUAACCGCCGACGGCACGGGCGUAGGCCGGAAGCUGCUAUCCGGAUACACCGCACUCGUAGCCCGGAAUUUACCUUUUACGGCUAUCCAGUUCCCCAUCUUCGAGUUCAUUCGUUCCAAGAUCUGGAGUCGGAGAUCAGGCACGCCGGCCCAAAGCCAAUCUAACCAGCGGUCCGGCGCGACGGAGAAGAAGACGCUGUUCGAGACGGGACUUGUCACGGGGACAAGUGCCGGGCUGGCCGGUAGCAUCGCCGCCGUGGUUACGACCCCUAUGGAUGUGGUAAAGACGCGGAUGAUGAUCGCAGCCGGGAGCAGCCAGGACGUAGAGCAAGGUUCCCGUGACCGGACGCAGACGUCGCAGCAGGCAGCCAGGUACCAAGCACGGAGUGGACUCGCCGUAGCACGCGAAGUUGUUUCGGAGAAUGGCAUACGAGGACUCUUCAGGGGUGCGGUUCUUCGGGCUGUAUGGACGCUGGUCGGUAGCGGGCUCUACCUGGGAACGUAUGAAGUAGCAAAAGUUUGGCUCUCGAGAAGAAAUGGGAAUAAUAGCGAAGAUAACACGUUUAUUUAAUGUAAUGAAUAGCGACCUGCGUCUGCGCCUCUGUCGUUCCUAUAAAUAAAAAUCCCUUGCGGCCGAUCGAUAAUUCUAUCCGCCUUUCCCUCUUUCCUUUCCCUUCGCUUCGCUUCGCUUCCCUUUCCUGGUAUCUUAUCCUAGCCUAGAAUCUUCGAGUUGCUCGACAAUUCGAAGAUGUCAAAUCGUGUGCGGAAGAACGUUAUAAAAAGCAGAACGUAAGGAAAACUAUCUAACAACAGGGGACGUCCCGCCUCCCCUUUGGCCAAAACAGGUGCCUAACCUAGGUACCUAUCUAGGUUACCACUCGUCAUCCCGAAAUAUACACCAUCCUGAAAAGCCCAGCCGAAUCACCCGUGCUGGAGAUUCGAGGCUGGCAAAAGUUAACAUCCCUGAUCACCACCUCGUUCCCGGCUUGGUCCUUGCCGCAGCUAACCUCGCCUUUCCAGCAGUCGUACUGCGGCGUGAAGGCGUAGAACGCCACGGUUCCCACCUGCUGCCUUUCCCCCUCCGACGACGCCGUGAUGUUGGUUUCCGUCAGGGUCGUGCCGGUCUCGUCCAUCCAGCUCUGCGCGAUGUUGAAGUUGAUGCCCGCGGAAAACUUGGAUUCUACGAUAAAUUCGAUGCCAGCGUCGAUUUUGACCUGAAAGCGGGAGAGAGAGAGAGAGCAUUUUGUGUUAGCGAGAUAACGCCCGGAAAAGAUAGGUAGGUAGCAAAGUAAAUUCAUGAUGGACAUACGUCAAC